GAUCACUAAACUUCCCCUUUCACGAGGUCCGAGAUAUGUAUUUUCCAAUAUAUAUUGAUCUAAAUGAUCGGAUACCUUAAUCCCCAUUUCAUAUAAAUUCUCAAUUCAUCAUGACAUUUAAAGAGGUAGCACUUGUGAUCGGCGCAUCUCGAGGAAUUGGACGGCAAAUUGCAAUUGAUCUCGCCAAGAAUGGAUAUGCAGGUACAUACACAUAUCUCAUCCGUUUAUACCGUUUACUAACAAAACACCAAGUAAUUGUAUCCGCCAAAUCCACCAGCGAUGCCUCCGCAACUCAUCCUUUCCCCCCUGACCCAAAUUCAUCUGCCUCAACCAUCUCCACCGUCUGUCGGGAAAUCGUUGAAUCGGGGGGAACAGCCACGGCCAUACCAUGUGAUGUUCGCAACCAUGCCGAUAUCUCCUCUCUCGUUUCCCAAGCCAUGUCAACCUAUGGACGCAUCGACGUACUGGUCUACAAUUCCGGCGCCAUCUACCAUUCCUCUGUACUCACCACCCCCUUAUCCCGUUACAUGUUAAUGGAGUCCGUCAAUCCCAAUGGUCUCUACGCAUCCAUCCAAUCUUGCAUUCCCCACUGGAAAACCCAAAAUUGGAAAGCGAGGAUUAUAGUAAUAUGUCCCCCAAUCUACUCCCGAUUUUUCCGGGGCAAAACCGCAUAUGCGAUGGGGAAAGUAGGAAUGAGUGUUUUAGUGCAGGGACUCGGGAUGGAUAUUGCGAGAAUAAGAGAAGAAGCCAAGGAAAUGGCGGUUACGGGAUUAUGGCCCGCGAGUGCGAUUGAGUCUGCAGCGACAGCUCAUUUUUCCUCGCCCGAUGAGGAUUUGAGACAUCCGAGCAUUUUUUCUGAUGCUAUUUUGUCGAUUUUGAAAGCACCGGCUGAGGAUGUAAAUGGUCUUUUGACGUUGGAUGAGGACUAUUUGAGGGAUCAUGAUGGAGUGACAGAUUUCAGUAAAUAUGCUUUAGUGCCUGGGACUACACCGAGGAGGAUCAUGCCGGCCAAGUUUCCAGAUCUGAGGGUUGAGGAGCAGGAUGAUGAGGGGACGAGAUUAGAUAGUGCGAAGAAGGAGAAGGAUGGGAAGUUGAGUAAACUUUGAGAAGAUUAUGGAUGUGGAAUUUGAAGACAGAUUUAAGCAGGUUAACCCUUCACUUACAUAUUUUUUAUGCAAUAUACAGUAUCAAAUCAAUGAAUGUCAUGAAUUUAGAUUCUUUCUAGUGUUAGCUAAUCCUAACUAAAUGAAACGCCCCAAAC